AUGAUUGCAAUGACAUUUCACAACUGCGCAACCAUGUUGCGCGAGAGAGAAAUAUUGACAACAAAAAUGCCGUCGGAAAGCCCAGCGGUUCCAGCGCAAACAGAAAAACCGCAACAUUACUUGUAUUUGAAAGAAUUUAGAACGCAACAAUGCCCGUUAUUUCUUCAACACAAGUGCACACAGCACAGGCCGUUUACUUGCUUUCACUGGCAUUUUAUGAAUCAAAGACGAAGGAGGCCAAUUCGGAAACGAGAUGGAACUUUUAAUUACAGUCCUGAUGUGUAUUGUACAAAGUAUGACGACACGAAUGGGCUCUGUCCGGACGGAGAUGAGUGCCCUUUUCUACACAGAACAGCAGGAGACACAGAAAGAAGAUACCACCUAAGAUAUUAUAAAACAGGAACUUGUGUCUAUGAAACAGAUUCCAAAGGAAACUGUGUCAAAAAUGGGCCUCACUGUGCCUUUGCGCACGGAGCUCACGACCUUAGACCCCCGAUUUAUGACAUCAGAGAAUUGCAGGCAAUUGAGACCCCAGAACUGAAAGCCUCUCUCAGUUCUUCCUCAGGAACCCCAAGUAGUUUAGAAAAAGACAAAAUACUGGCAGAAGACCCAAAGUGGAAUGAUACUAAUUAUGUACUAGCCAACUAUAAGACAGAGCCCUGUAAGAGGCCACCGCGGUUAUGUCGACAAGGGUACGCGUGUCCAUCAUACCACAACACGAGAGACAGACGAAGAAGUCCAAAGAAAUGCAAGUACAGGUCCACUCCAUGUCCUAAUGUAAAACAUGGUGAUGACUGGGGAGAUCCCACACAGUGUGAAAGUGGAGACAACUGUGCUUAUUGUCACACAAGGACCGAACAGCAGUUUCACCCAGAGAUUUAUAAAUCUACGAAAUGUAACGACAUGGUACAAACAGGAUAUUGUCCUCGAGGGCCAUUUUGUGCCUUUGCUCAUGUAGAGCAGGAAAUAACGACUCAAAGGGACGUUUUGUCAACGUCUGAAAAUUCUCUGGCUGCUUUUAUGACUACUGUUCUACCCAUAGCAGAGAACCCUCCCACAAUAUGUACACUUCACACAAAUGAUAGCCAUUCGCAUCAAAAAACAAAUGGUUCAACUAGUUUACACAAAUUGCCAGAUCCUAUAGGAAAAGAACGAACUAACAGUAUUCCUUACGCUACCAUCACUGGUAACAGUAUAGCAGGUUCUCUCCACCUACAGACGAGCAGUCCCCUUCCCGAGCCUAUAGGGAAAGGGCGCUCCAGUAGUACGUCUAGUAGCAUUACGUCAGACUCAGGAUUCUACCAGCGAGCCCCAGGGUCAGAGAGAGAAGAUUCACAAAUGGUCAGUAUGAAAUUGCGACAACAGUUGCAGUCCAUAGAUAGUGAUCAAACGAUAGAUCUGGUGGAGAAAGCCAAACGGAAACAGAAUUUGCUGAUGUUACACAGUUUAACGUUUUCCACAAGCACCACCCCCAGUCCUGUAUCCAAUCAACAGCCUGCUGUGACCACUAUGUCACCCCUGGCCCCUGCCUUCUACCCCCCAGGAGAUACCGUAGGGUCUGUAGUAGGUCAUGCCUUAGAUGACUUAAAUCUAGAUGACAUAGAUAUUAACAGUAUAGACAGAGAACUAGAUAAAGAUGAUGUUAACUCCCUCAGUAGUUCUCUAAGUGCAGGGAUCCCAACUACAGGUUUUGGUGCACAAUCCAUUCCCAUAGGAAUCCCAGGGGGCCUGCAGAGGGGAAGUAUUGGCAGCCUCUCCCAGUCUCCACCGUCACCGUUUGGUAGCUUCUCUCAUUCUCUCUUGACAGGAAAUCAAAAACACGAAUCAGGAGAACAGAAUUUAUCUUUACUGAGUUACCACAACCACAACAAGUUCAGCGACGUGAACUCGAUGUCUCCAAGAAGUGGCCCCGGCGGUCCCCACUCUCCUCUCUAUUCCUCAUCGAAUCUGUCCAAUAGUUCUCAGGGUGCAGAUAUGCAGAAGUUACGGGAGGAAUUCCAGCAUUACAAGACCAGGCAGGAGCACUGGGAGCAGGCUUACUCUCAGGCUAAAAGUGUAAGGGAGAUAAAAAGUGCUUGUGAGGCGUGGAAGAGGGAAGCUGAGGAAUCAUUAAGAAAGGCCAAGUCAGCAGAAGAAGAGAAGAGCCAGGCUCUCAAACAGAGAGAUGAGGCUCUAGUUAGAAUAUCAAAGAUUCAGUUAGAUCUGGAGAAAAUUGGGGGUGGAUCCAGCAGUGUGAGAGUGCUUCAUCAGGUGAACGAGAUCGAAAGCUUACCUAUUCCUCGACUUAGACAAAUACAACAGCAACUUAGGGUGGAUAUAGACAAAUUAGAAAAGGUGAUAGUUUAUCAGCAGAAUAUGAAAUGUAUUAUUUGUCAGGAUAGGAAUAAAAGCGUCACCUGUGUGCCCUGCAAUCACAGAGUAUCGUGUGAUGUGUGUGCUAGCAAAUCUAGAGAGUGCCCCCUGUGUCAUGUCCAAAGGACCAAUUACCGCCUGUAAUGGUGGAAACAACUAGGAUCUUCAAAUUGUUUUAGUGACUCAAGUGCUAAUAAUGACACUCUGUUAAACAGUUUUUGUAGCAAUGAGAGGUCUAAUUCUGUCUCUACCAAAGGGCGCUAGGCAAACUGUUUUCACUACUGUUAUCUUUCCCGAAGAAAAUGUAGGAAUUGAUGCAAAACAAUCCCAUACGUAUCAAAUACAAAUAGAUCAUUUGCUGGAAACACCGAGUUGAUGUAAUACACCAGUUUCGAGAUACGAGCUCUUCUGUGUAGGAGGUGCAUUUAAUGGAUCUUUGAAUGCCUAAGUGGGACAGAGUGGACCUACAGUCAGUGAGAAAGACAAUAAAAUGCACUAAAAGCGGCUUCUCUUGAAAUAUAAAUGUGGAAAAUACAGAAUACUCUCGAAUGAAAUGUUUUACUAAAGUGUAAGCAUAAAAACAAUGUCAUAUUUCCAAGUAGUAUCCGAAAUAUGGUACUUACGACCAACGAAAUAAUGUGAUAUGAGAAAAAUUCCAUGUAUUUAAUUACUCCCUAAAUACUUGCAACUUAUUUGGUUUGUGUAUCAGUAAAAUUCGAUGAUCAAACAGCGUAUGAGAAACUUGCUGAGUAUAUUCACUUGUGCAGUGAUGAAUAUUUGUCCCACUCCCACAUGUAAACAAAUUGUUUCGUGCCUUACUAUGUACGAGAGUUCUCCAAAGGGAAAUCACUCCGAAGUAUCUCGAAACCGGCAUAUUGGUUUGUUUUUUUAUGAACAAAAAUCCUGUAAUAUAAAAAAAACUAUCAUUCAACCAUUUUACAAAUUUUGUGCAAUUUAGAUGACAUUUGGAGUGAAAGUGUGAGGCUUGUGUAGUGCCCUUUAGUAGAGAUUGGUCUAAUUUUGUUAGAUUAUGGAAUAUUCUACUUACACCCUUAGACUUUAUGUAAAUUAGAUCUGUGGUCUGUUUUGUGAAACACUGAUUGCAUGUUUAAAUUGUAUUAUAAGGUUGUUUAGAUAUUAUUGGUACACACAUUCUUGUUUGAAGCUUGAGGUGUCAUGUUCUUAGUAGUAUGACAUCAUGAAAUUAUUACUGUGUGACACGUUUCACCCGUCAAAGCAAAAAUCAUUCUGAUUUUUUUUUAAUAUAAUGUUUUUUGAUGAUAUAAACAUCUGAUUGUUAACAAUAUGCAAUAGAGAGGGAGGUUUUAUUUAGAAUGAGUGCAAGAUAUGAGCUUUACGAAUUAAUGUAAAAUUAUAUACUUACUAGGUUUGAAUUUUGUCAAAAGCAAUUACCGUGUCUGUGAUUUAAUGAUCGAUUCAUGAACAUUGUUUUAGAGUAUCUGUAUUUGGAUCAUGUUUCUUUUAUCUUUAGUUUAUGUUUGGUUUCAAAUUAUUUGGCGUUCACUACAAUGCUAUUAUUACAGUAUAAUGGUGUUUUAUUCAUUCCAGUCAAAGCUGUCCAACACUCAUCUAGUUUUUUCAUGGAGAAUAGCUCUGUAGAGUUCUCUCAUUUAGAAAAUAUAUAUUUUCAUUAUCUUCAAUGUCAUUUCCAUCGCAACUGGAUUUUGCUUCUGAAAAAUACACUGUAAUUGAAGAAGCAUCAUGCAUUGAAUGAAGAGCAGCAUGAUUUCAUAGUUCAAGUUGAAGGCAAAAUAUAAGAUCAAAAUAUUCAUCAUUAAUUUUAAAAAAAAUAAUGAACGAUCUCUUUUUUUUUUUUUAUUCAAGUAGUUAGGUAUUAAAAUUUAUAAAAGUUCUUAUCUUUCAUUUUUGAAAACAAGCUUUUGCUGUUUCAUUUCAAAUAUAGUAAUUUUUCUUUCUAUACAUGUUCUUAUACUUUGUAAAGAGGCCCAUUGUUAUUGCUAAUUUCACAUCAUGGGAAGCGAUUUUAAAUUGGUUGUGCUACUGCAUGAUGAUGUCCAUAAUGUAUCUACAUGAAUCGAAUUCUGAAAAAAAGGAUUUCAGCCAUUUGGUUGAUGUGAAGUCCAUGCCAGCCUUGCCGGAGUGAAAGACAGAAUUGGCAAAAAAAAAAAAAAAGUUUGAAAUAACAACUUUCUGUAUAAAAUUUCAAAAUUAUGUGUUCUGGCCCCUCAAUCUUGUGCAUGCUGGCUCAUGCAUACUAGACAGAGGGGACAGACCUGUGUUUCUGAUGGUGUGCUGAGUAUUGGUACUAUUUCAUUCCUCAUAAUGAUAUAGAUCAUUUUCUAUUUCUACUUGUUAGCCUUAUCAGAGUUUUCACACAAAUCAUAGAUAAGCCUUCAAUGCUAUGCAAAUUUAUACGAGAAAACUUGGUUAUUCAAUUUGUCAAGUUUUUAAAUUUCACUUUCACUUGAAUCCAUUUGUUUGCCUUUUCUGAUUCAUAUUUUAAAAUAUUUUUCAUGAUUGUUAGCAAUUCAAUAAGAACUUUGUUUAGUUUUGAUUAUAUUCUGGAUAAUUAUAGUACCAAAAAAAGGUUUGCACUGAAGUUGACUUGAAAGUCAACACCAAACUCAGUUGGUUAGAAUACUGGUGUAAGUUUCGGGUGUUGAAACAUAAAAUAAGGAACAGUGUUCGACAUUGCUUAUAGUAUUAAAUGAGAGAAUUUCCUGUCCACUUGUUUAGAGAAAGGGAAAUAACCAGUUUUGAGAUUAUCCCAGUAUUCUAUUAGCUUAUUGGAGAAGAAAAAUUGAUUGUAACUAAAUGGUUAUAUCAAAAAUGACAUUAGUUUAUCAUUUUGUUUUUGAAAUAUUUUAUUUCUGCUUCUCUUUCCAACCAUUUUCAUAAUUGUUGAAGGGAAGUCAUUUGUUCAAAAAGAAUAUGGUUCUUGUACAACAAAUUGUAGAUUAAAAAUUAUGAGAAAUAAAAUUGCAUCAUAAGUGAA